AUGGAUUGCGAAAACAACGAAAAGUUUUGCGAUCUCUUAUACAAAGGCAAGUUGUAUGACAUUCAGCGCCAAUCGGCCGCCAAUGCCGUCCCCUUCGCCACCGUUUAUCAACUGAUCCAACAAAUGGUACCAUUGAUUGACUUAGAGAGUGGUAUUUUUGNUUGCGAUCUCUUAUACAAAGGCAAGUUGUAUGACAUUCAGCGCCAAUCGGCCGCCAAUGCCGUCCCCUUCGCCACCGUUUAUCAACUGAUCCAACAAAUGGUACCAUUGAUUGACUUAGAGAGUGGUAUUUUUGGUACACAAGUCUCUUUCGAUUCGCACAGCUUUACAAUAUGGAAAGACACCUUAAAAAUCAAUAUUAGAGAUCUGAAGGACAAGAUUGUGAAGGACUCAGUGAUCAACGUUGAAGAGAAGCCAUCCAACAGUAGCCGCCAUAAUAGCCGCCCGCAAACCACCGCUGGAUUCGUACGGCAUAACAAUAACAACACUAACAGACAAUUUAGUGGCCAAAACACUCGUAACAAUGAUUAUAGGCCUCAGAGUUAUAACAGAACUGUGCCGUCGGAUACGAGGCCAUCGACUUAUGAUAACAGACCAGCUAUUGGUGAUGUUAGGCCGUCACGUGUCGCUGAGAAUAGGCCAGUAUAUGAAACGAGACCACCCGGUGGUGAACAUAGACUUCCACCACGUGUUGCCGAUCACAGGCCACACAAUUAUAAUGAGAGUCCCGUUUCUGGUUUUAGGUCUCCUCAAAGACCUGAUUACAGACCGCCAUCUUAUGAUCGAUCAGUUGGUGAUAAUAGGGAUCCGCGAGUCAGUGACCACAGGCCUCCACGCGUUAGUGACGGCAGACCUAUUGAUAGUAGACCAGUGUUUAGUGACCGGUCUCCUCGUGUUAGUGAUUACAGGGCACCCGCUUAUGAUAGUAGACCAGUUAGUGGCGCCAUAAGACCUCCACAGCCGCCGCCAGUCAGUGUUGGCUUCAAUGUGACGGAAGUGUUGGCCAAUAUUAGCAAAACGUUCAGUGAUAACCGAUUGGCUGGCGAUGGCAGACCUGUUGGCCACUAUAAUACACCCGCAACUGGUAUACCAUUCAAUGCCCAGCAAACAAAUCACGUGAAUCCCAAUAACCGAUGGGAGACUAACCGUCCAGUGGAUCCAAUGACUGCGAACAACACUUUUGGUGGUUAUACGAUACCGCGUCUACCGGUGAUCAUACCCACCGCCACUCCUCCUCCACCGCAUCCUUUGUCACCGCUUAAGACGCCGAAUGAGAAACAAUUGAUUAACGAGAUUACCAAUGAGAUCGUCCAGAAGUACUCAAUCCUAUUGGAUGUGAUCAAAGAUCACUCGCGAAACAAUUGCGAUCUGAUUACCGACUUUGAGUGGACGGGUGUUAUACACAAACAGCUGACCGCCAAAGGCUUCAAGAACUACGAUCCGAAAGUGUGGCACAACUGUUACCAGACAUAUGUCCACAAAUACGUUGAGGCGCUCAACCGAUACGACUCGAUAUGUUCGGCAAAAGACAAUUUUGUAUACUUCGAGGAAUUCAACGAAAUGUAUUUCAAUCACCGAAACCCGGCGUUCAUUGAGGUAAUGAACGCGCGAUCAAAGUUCUUAUUGGCGUUUAUGAGGCGAUGGCGACACGAAGACACCUCCAACACAAUGCCCGACACCGAAGACAUCUCUAAACUGAAGCGAACGGUCACUCGACAGCAAAAACUGAUUGAUUUGCGCAAAGAGACCAUCGCUUUCCACAAGAAGCUCGAGAUUAACGUCCCGAAGAUCAAAGUUUUCAAUCUCAUUGUUCAGGCCAUCGCCGCCCUUAAAGGACAUCUCAGCGAACCCGGCCUUUACGUCAAGAUAUCCCGUAUUCUGGCCGACAGUGGCCUCGACUGGAAUCACGACGACUGCGAACAAGCGCUCAAAGAGUGGAUAGUUUUCUACGACGAGAACUAUUAUAACUACAAGAAUGCGAUGAAAUCCGACAACAGAGUUGUGGAGUAUAUCUACGAGUUCUUGAAUAUCAUAACAACCGUACGGUUGGACCCUAUCUUCUACUCGAAUCAGAGGAUUACCGAAGCCCUGGAGUCGAUUGCCAGACGUACGGGCAAAUCGACGCCUCGUUGUCAACGGCGGCUCAAAAUAAAUGAUAAGAAUAUCGAUAAGAUUCUGGAAGCGGUGCGAAAUGAGCAGCAAUUGAAUAGCUUUAAGAAUUCAGAUGAUAUUCAAAUCAUUGCCGUAUUACCGGCGAAGAAGCCUAACGCUUCCAGCGAAUCGUCGGUCACCAAUAAAGCCAAAACCACUAGUGGUUCAUCGAUCACUGGAAAGUUCACUAAGACUUCCCCGAAGACAUCGAAGGCGGUGACCACUAAGACCCGAGACAGUAGUCAAAAGAGUUCGUCAUCUAAAAAGUCUUCCUCGAGUUCUACGAAAAGUGAUGAUAAGAAGUCGUCAAAAGUGCCAAAACGCGAACACAGAGACAGUAAGUCGGAUGUAAAGAGUAGUCCCAAGUAUAAGAGGAGUCGACACGAGUCGCCGCCGCCGUCGCGGGUCGACUACAAGAAGUCGGCCGAUAAAAAGGCUAUCAUCGGCGAUGACUGUAACCAUCGUAUGAGUAGCGGUGAUAUCAAGAAAUAUUCGUUCCUAUUCUCAGACGCCCGCAACUAUUCGCACAAUAACUGCGAUUUGAUUACACACUACGAGUGGAUCCACACAAUCAACUAUCGUAUGGAAAAACAAGGCUUUAAGGUCUCGUCGCCCGAGAGCUGGCGCUUGGAUUACAGACACUACACGAUUGUCUAUUUGAAAACACUGAAUGAGUGCAAGAGUGUGGACAGCGCUCAGAAGGCGUUCCCGUUGUUUAAGGACUUAAACAACAAUUAUUUCAAUUCAAAUAACGCCUUAUAUAAGGAUAUAAUGACUGCGAGAGAAGAGUUUGCGAAGAGAUUACCGAAAUUCAAGUCCGAAGCGGAGGAAGAGCUGAUCCGAACGAUACAGAAUCAUAGCUAUAACGCCGACCUUCACGACCAUCGGCUCCGAUGCUUUCAGUCAGACCUGGAGAGCCGUAUCGAUGAGAUAAAGUGUGUCAAUCUGAUGGUACAGAUCAUUGAUCUGAUCCAACGCAACAACAAGAUUGUCGAGAGCGGCGACAUAUUUCAGAAGGUGUCGGAAGUGAUGUCUGUCACCGGCUUUCUGGUCAGCAAACAGUUGAGUCCCGCGCAGAGCCCGCAGUGGCGGCCCUAUCAGUGCGAAGAGACGCUCCGCUAUUGGACUAUAUAUUAUAAUCAACACUUGGAGUUAUACGAGUUGGCGCUCAAACACGGCCACAAGAUUAUUAUCUACGUAUUCAACUACUUGACUAUUAUACCGGAGUUCCUGACCAAUGAGAUUAACGUCCGAAACUCGUAUCUGUUUAGCGACACCGACAGCGCCGAUGAGCGCAAACUGACGGACGCCCUGUUGACGAUCCGAACGCAAACCCAUAAACACACUGUCCAUCGACUCUAUAUCUGCGCGAAGGUCUCCAAUGAGAUUAAACUCAAGUGCGACGACACCUAUCGAUUGGACACUGACUAUCGCGCUAUCGAUAGUAGUUUUAAUUCAACCGAUUGUUACAAUACUUAUGAUCAUAAGAGGCCUAACACUGGACCGGCGGCUGAUCACAAAAAAGUAUGA